CUCACAUGUUUUUCUUCCUUCACGUCCCCUCCGCCACCCCCGUGUAUGGAGGAGGUCUCCCAAGUUUGAUCAAGCAGAACCUCGGUAGCCAUUUUGGCUCAAGGCGUUUUCGCUUCAUGGUUGCCGCUUGCCGAUCAGCAGUCAGCGCCGAGACGCCUGUCAAGAAUGGAGAGGUCAAACCAAAGUUAUUCGGAGUAGAGGUCCCGCCAGACAUUGUUCGUCCUCUUGUGCGCUUUCUUUUUCGUGGUGGGCGGUGUUGUUUUGCUUAUCCCCUUGACUAGGCAAGUGAAGCACAGCUCGCUACGACGCGAUGUUGCCUCGUGCUUUGGUCGACCAGUUGGUUUUCGCAGCGGCGAUUUCGAGAAGCAGGUGGCUGCAACAUUGCAAGAGAGAUUGAUGCCUCGUGCCCUCGCAGCUCUUCCGUGCGAAAGUGGCGCCGUUUAAUGUAUUGCAGUUUCAUCGCUAUUUCGAACCACAUUUCUAGGCCCACGCAUGAAUUUAGUCACACAGGAUGUUGUAGUCAUGGUGGUCAGUUUCGCAACUCUCUUGUUGUGGGCGUGCCUUCGUCUCUUGACGAAGAUAAUGCUGGACAUUGGCCUUUCUCGCUGGUUGCAUGUGUCACGCUAGCUGCUAGUUUACUCUCCAAUUGCAAUGGACAGAGAUGAUGACUGCUCCUUAUAUACUACCAUUUGGUGGUACGAUGGUGUUAUCCCAAGUCAACAUGAACGUCAGGCUUAACUUAGCAUGGAAUUGUGUGUGUGGUAUGCGCCUCGGUCUCUAGCGCGAUCAUGUUUGGUUCCGAGGGCGUGUGCGAAGACAGCUUGCUGCCACCCCCUGUGGACAGGGUUCCUCAUGUGGUCGGGUCGACACUCGUCUUUAUGAUCGUUGUCGCCUCUUUUCACCAUUCGCUUGUCUCGGUUGCCCAGUAAGAUAUCGAUGCUAACACUACCAGGAACGAGCUACUGGCGGCGCUGCUCGGUGUUUGCGACGCUGUGGUGGAGUUCGACAGCGAGUUUCGGCUGCAGGACAGAGCCCCCGAUCUCGUGAAUAUGCUGUUGUUGAAUCCUCAGCGCUCCCUCCAGGGAGAGGAUCUGAGGUCAUUCCUGGCGUCCAAGCAGGAUCGCGAGAAGUUCGCUGAACAGAUGGGUUGGGCGUGGCUUUCGGGCAAGGAUAUUGUGGGGCUCAGUGCAGCGUUCCACGUCUCCAUGAAAGAUGGCUCCAGCAUCCCCCUCGACGUCGAGGUGUUUUGCGUGAGCUUCGUGAACCAAGAUGGCCACGCGGUUUACUUCGCGGGCAUCCGCGAGUUCACCGACAGCAGCCCGAUUCUCCAGACUUGGCCGACGUCUGAUCGGCGCCGCGACCACUCAAUCUGAAAAAAGUGCUGUUCAGACUCUGGGGCGCCCCCAGACUCUGGGGGUUGGGGGUUGCUCCGACUUUGUCUCUCGUUGUCCGACUGUGUCUCCUCGCUCAUACCCACUGCCUCCUUCUCCUGGUCCUCCUCCCUGUUUCUCUUCCUACUCCCUCUUCGCCUGCUUUUCCCAGUCCUUUUCUUCCUAUUCCUCCUUUUCCUCCUCCUCCUCCU